AUGAAGAAACCAAGGCGUCGUGUUAACGAAUCAGAUUUGGAUUACACCAGAGAUGCGGAAGAGAACUCGAAAAUACUAUUGAAGGAGAAAUAUGAGAUGCUUCGGUGGACUGACACUGUUGAAAUUAAAACUCCAAACCUCCUAAUUCCAGCUCAAAUAGCCAACUAUGUAGAGUCGUUGCCAUUCUGUAAGAUUAGUGUUCCAUCCUCCGCCGACCGUUUUGCGAUAAUGCAUCACAGUCGGCUACUCGAUGUCUACGCCAUCGAUGGACAGAACAUAGUUCAAGAGUCUAGCGUGCAAGUGUUGGAAGACGAGUUCCCUCAGUACUGCUUAUUAGAAUUUACCGCUUCUGGAUCUCUACUUCUAUCGACACGGAGUAGUGCCCAGAUUGACGUAUUUGAUCAUCAAGGCGGGUACUGCUAUGAUAUCCCAUUGGAAUCGCCUGAGAACAAUAUUGAUUUGGUGUGUGCCAUUUCUUCCAUUCGAACUAUUGCUAACACUACAGCAGACGAUAAGUAUCUUGAUAUUUUAUACGCAUUGCAAUACAAUGGCGCCCUUUCGGUUUUCAAAAUUGGGCGUUUAACGAGGUUCCAAAAGCUGUGGUCCGCCUCGCUAGAACUUGGAUUAGCAGGCACGUUUUGUGUUUUGCCGAAGUACAAUCUUUUGUUGGCUGGUUCUCACUAUCGGGCUAAUAGCGAGGGAAGCUUGUCUGGAGGGUUGUGCUCCUUCCGCAUGACAGAUGUAGAACCAUACGUGGAGCCCAUCAGAUUUGCGAGUGAUCAAGCUGGAUGGCUGUCUCGCCUUCCUUUCAGCUCUGCUAGUUAUGCGUACUUGGUCUCUAUGUCUUUGAAUGAGUCAAUGUCGAAGUUAGUCGGUGUAUCUAGUAAUGGCGACUUCCACUUGUUUGAUAUUCCGCAUACGGGAUCAGUAUUUUCUGUAAAAUACGUUUCUGGACCACGACCAGUGCAAGCCGUUUUCAUCGAAGAUGAGGAAGUUGGAGUUUUGUUUCACUCCGGGGAAUUUGUGAGAAGUUCUCUAGAUGAACUAGAAGAAGCCGUAUAUUCCGUUCGUUGCUCCGAUAAGUUCACAUCACGUACCACGCUGGUUGCUCCUGCCCACAGAGAAUUGUUUGUGUUGGCUACCGAUGGUGGCACGGAGGCGUUGCGAGAGGUAGCCCUUCAGAGAACAUCCCUGGCAUGUCGUCUCUGGAUUUCUACUUUAUGGAGUUCUUUCAAAAAUCUUGUUGGUAUAGCUGUUGGUGAUGCUGCUCUACCCCUGGAAAAGGCAACACACUCUGAGUCUUUAAACUUCGAGCUUUUACAUGCCCCUACACGAACACUUCAGCAGUUGUUCGAGAGAACGUUGAAUGAACGAGAUUACUCUCGUGCAAAGAGUCUUGCUGAGAGUUAUGAUACAAUCGACAUUGACAUUGUGCUCAAGAGGGAAUGGAGGGACAUUUGCCAAAACCAGACAGUGGCUGUCGAUAGCGUAAACAGUAUUUUGCGUCAAGUCAGCGAUAGAGAUUGGGUUAUUGAAACUUGCAUCACGAGUGAUGCUCAGUCCCUUCCAGUUCAAAAAGCGCUUGUAGAUUUGGGCACAUCCUUUCCAAGUGCUUCAUUGCCUUCACAAGUUCGCCUUCACCACAACGCUCGAAUUCUUACGGUUUGUGAAGAUGUGGACGAGUACCUUGAACUUCGCAACGUUUCUUGUUUAGAGGCAGCCUUUCGAUUCGCGGAGCGCUUGGAAUUCGUCUUACUGGAUCGACUCAUCGAACAGAACUACUCUCUGCUUGUUCCAUUCACUCUUGAUAUACUGACACAUAUUCCUCCAAGUGUUCCACCAAGCCGAUUCGAGCAUCUUCUGCCUACAAGAGUUGCUGUGGCUCUUCCUGUUGGUUCUAACUUGACUAAUUUGACAGAUGCGCAACUUGCCGUGCGCGUUCUCAAUGCUCACCUUGAUGCGCUGUUUCUACUUGCUGAAGAAAGUGAAGAGAUAGAACGAGCGGUACAAAUUUGCAAUUUCGGUGAAUGUAAAAUUGAAACCCCAAGAGAUGAUUACAUUGAAUGGGUUCGACAAAGAACCGAGAUAAUGGAUGCCGAAGCAGGCCUACCUGAGCACUGCAUUGCCUUGCUCAACAUUUCUGUUCAGCGCGGUUAUGAGGAAUUGAAAUCACGUUUGGAGAGUUUCAUGAACUACAGCUUUCUCAUUUCUACGUGCUCCCUCGUCGGCGAGACUUUCCAGCGGUUUUGUGAGGCCUCACCUGCACACUACAUUUCUUUCUUACGCAAACUACCAACUAAUGAGCUGGUCAAGAACAACUCUCAAAUUUUGAAAUUGCUCGAGUGGAGAACUCAUGAAUCGCUUACUGCCGAACAAGAUCUAAAGGAUGCUGUAGCAUCGUAUCUUCUUGCCACAACUGAGACUAGUAUGGAUGUGUUGAAAGCCGUGCAAAAAGAACGGAGCGAUUUAUUGGAUAAGAAUGUGGUCAUCCAGUGUCUAUGCCACUCUCAGUUGACAGGGGAGGGCUUGCUACGUGCGGUACUUUCAGCUGGAGUCUCCAAAGAGUUGGCUAGUGCGUUGAGCACAUUCCAUUCGAGAGGUGUCAAACCAACGUUUAAACAAUUAUGGGAAAGCACGACAAAUCCUGAUGCUGCUAGAAGAUUGCUUAUUCGUAUGGCUCGCUGCGGCCAAGCAACCUGUAUUGCUGAGUGGGAGGCUCUUCGGGAUGAAGUACACAACCUCACUACGAGCAUUUAUAAUGGAGUAAUCGAUCCUGAGGAAGCUGCUGCUAUUGUAACGCGUGAAAUGCUCUCGGAUACAAAUAUCUCGCAUGACCAGGGCGUCUUACAAUUAUUCCUAACGCUUGACAAAAAAGCAUCAAAGGAAUCCAAUUCCGGAAGGCUCAGCUUGGAGAAAAGCGCUGAGGUGCUCAUAAAGAAAAGCGAGGAGCUGAUGCAAGAAGCGUCAUCGCCCGAUGAUCCCGUGCUGUGGCAGUCUCGCAGCUUGGCUGAAGCCGCUCGAGGUAUUGCACCAAAAGAGGCUGGGCAACAACUCAAGCUUCUUGAAACCGUGGAUUUAGCGCGCGAACUUGGGUCCACAGCAUUGCCAGUUGCUAUCAAAUUUGCCGAGCCGUAUGCGUUCCUUGAGGAAAUCAUCAAGUUGAAUGGGAAUUAUAAGCAGGGCAAGAAGUGUGCAAAACUUGCUGUUCUGCUUGGUGUGGAAACUCCAGUUGCCACUGCGCUGUCACUUUGCGCGCUAUCCGCUCUUGUCGCUCAUGAUGAGCGUUAUCUUGGGAAGUACAUUCACGAAGUUAUCGCAAAGGGGCGGGAUUUGCCGGUCGUUCAUGAGCUCUGUAUCCGUAUCAUGGAGUCUUCGUUCGUUCCAGAGGUGGUUAUGGAAGAAAUUUACGCUUGCGCUUUGCUUAACGCUCCACAAGACAAACUAAUGGAAACGCUAGAUCUCAUACAAAGUCACAGAUCUGCUCGAAAACACAGGAGAAUUGAAGGCCUGGAGAUCAACGAUAAACUAGUGAUCGAUCCGAUGUAUGCAAGGGCGCGUUCAUUGCAGUAUGUCUCACGAACUAGGCAUGACGACUACCACAUUCUUCGUGAAUGCUCCAACCUGCCCACCACUGAAGUAGCGACCUUGCUAUCCGAUAUAAGUUCGUCUCUAGCGUUAUGUACGGCACUCACUGAGGCUGAGUUCAAGCCAUGGACAAAAAACGAAUUCUUGAUUAAAUACGAGCAGGCCUUACGCGCCCUCGAACCACAGCUCAAUGAUCACCUCGUCGAAUCCAUUCCUCCAUCUCUACUGAUUUCCCUAGUUACAUCUGAUACGAACCUUACAGCUUUGGACAGGUUAUCAGAUUACGGUUGUGAUCGGGAGCGAUUUAUUGAAGAUCCUGAGUAUCGAAAGGAGUCAAUCGUAGGAUUGGCCAUGACUGAAGACGAUGCUAUGUACGCGGAUGCCCUUCAACUGGCGCAAGAUUUCAAGAUGAAUGAUUGGCCUGUGCAUUUUGCCUCGUUAGAGAAUGCGCUCACUUCAUUGAGUAUCCAAGAAGCAAAAGCGAUAUUGAAGUCGCGAGGACACCUUGCUCGUCUACGUUCGGAUCCAGACAGGUUACAUAGCCAGCUGAGGACAUUGGUUGGUCCUCUGAUGACCAGUAAUGACGAGUUCAUUGCUUAUCUAUCGCUGUUUACUGAUGGGCAGCCAGAACGAGCAGCUCUGCCGGUACUGAAGCGCAUUUUAGAGAAAAAGCGAGAUCUAAAGGCUGUACGCCUCUUCACAGAUGCAGACUAUUUGUACAAUCUCAUUCUUUCUAUUCCUGAUCGGGUAAUUCUAUCGCUAGUGGACGGGAUACUUUGUAUACCGGUGGGAGCGGAGGCCUGUGAGGCAGCAGCACGUAUUCUUCUCGAUGGCACUGAAAUCAGGCCGGCAGCCAAUCCUGCUGUUAUAUUUGCUCUUCUUCGCAAAGAUGAAGCUAGCUUCAUCGAUCUUGUCGCGUGUAAGACAGUACCAGAUGAGCUGCAAUAUCUUGAGCGGGCAGCAUUGAUAUUGGAGGCUACACCAAAUGCUGAUAAGCGAUUGGUUGAAGUUGUCAGAGAUAGGUUGUCGACACUACGGACAUCCUUGGAAAGUAGUAGUAGCGCCAGUAGCACACCGGAUCCCUUCGAGCAGGAUGCUAUGGUCUUCCAUAGGAGGAGACGAUAA